AUGAUUGGCCAAGGCCAUUUUGGACAGGUUUGGGCUGUGGAGGAUCGGAUAACUCGGAGGACGUUCGCCUGCAAGAGCAUCCCCAAGAACAGCGCCAAGUUCGGCGUAGUGGAGAUGAAACGCGAGAUCGCCGCGAUGAAACGCGUGUCGGGCCACGAGAGCAUCGUACAGUUACAAUCCGUGCACGAGGACCCCGAAUCCAUGCAUCUGGUCAUGGAUUACUGCGACGGAGGGGAGCUGUACGAGGCGGUGGAGCGACACGGAAGGUUCCCGGAAAAGGAGGCCGCGAGGGUGUUCAAACAGCUUGUGUCGGCCGUCGCGUAUUGCCACUCGCAGGGCGUCAUGCAUCGCGAUGUCAAGCCUGAGAAUAUCCUCCUCUCCGCGUCGGCAGCGUCGGCAUCGUCUUCGUCGUCGUCGUCUGCCAUCGCUCGUUCCGGCGGGAAUUCCGGCGCGGUUUCCGGUGCCGAUUCCAUCCGUGCGGCUCCCAAAGGUGUUGCGGCGCCGCGAGAAGCAGUCAGCGUGAAGCUAGCGGAUUUCGGGCUUGCUGUUCUUCUCGCCAAGGGCGAAAAGGCCUCGGGAAUCGCGGGAUCACCGUUAUACAUGGCUCCCGAGGUUGUUUCUAGCGAGUACGACUUCGCGGCGGACGUCUGGUCUCUCGGCGUGGUGCUCUACAUUCUGCUCUGCGGCGCGCCGCCUUUUGGCGGGAAGGACGACGCGCAGAUCAUGCGGUCGAUCUGCCACGACGGGCCGGAUUUCUCCUCGCCCGCAUGGCAGAGCGUGUCGGCGGAAGCUAAGUUGUUCGUCCGGUGUCUGCUAGUUAAAGACCCCGCGCGCCGCCCUCCAGCGUACAAGCUCCUGGCGCACCCGUGGAUCCUCGUGCACACGCGCGGCGGGCGGAUCGUACGGCGGAAGGUGUUCGCGCCGAACGGACGGCCGGUAAGGGCGGGCGGUAUGAGCGCCGCGAUGACCGGCGCCGGGUUCGCGUCGCCCCUGCGACCGCGAGCUGUGCCUCACGCGGGGUUCGCGGUGGGAACGCCGGUGCGGUCGUGUGGGUCGACGAGCGUCGCCGCUGCGCUUCUGUCUCCCCUGCCGACUGCUGCUGUGGCGCCAGCGAUGACGCCAGCAAUGGCGCCGCUCCUGUCCCCGCAGAUCGGGGUAACACCGAUUCUUGGAAGAAUUGCGGCGAUGCGAGUGGCCGGGUCGCCGUCGCCGCUCUCCGCGCCAUCAGUUCCGCCGUCUCCUGUGGGGCACGCGCAGUGGGUUGCGCCAUCGCCCGUGUUCGGAUCGCCGCUGGGAGGAGGGGGCAAUGCGGUGGUGGUGGGUUCUCCGUGGUCGGCUGUGGUUGACACGUCGCCGUUCGUCUGCCAUCUUGCUCCGAUAUCCCCCUGCCUGGCUCUCGCUCGAAAGCCCCUCGCUCUCUCAGCAGCUCGAAAGCUCCUCACACCAUCCAGCACCCUCGCCCCGCCCACUCUCACGCACCCCUCUCCGCCACUUCCCACUCCACGAGCCUCGAUCCCUACCCCUCCCACUUCCGGAGAAUUUCAGCUUCCGCCGGCUGCAUUUCCCGCUGCCGUUGGUACCUCCGCUCUUCCUGUUGCUUCUCUCUCUUCUCUUCCAGCUGCUGCUUGCUCGGAACCUCAGCGUAACUGCAACACUUCCGCUUCCUCCUGUGCAUCUGCAUCCUCCUCAUCCUCUACAGUCCCCUUUGCAGCUGCGCAGCUCCCCAAGGCGACUUUGCCUCCCGCAGUCCCUGCUCUGACGCCGAUUACACCCGAUGCAACCCCCGUGCUCGGCCCGUCUCAUCCCAGCACAGAGCCCAGCCCGCUGACUGCCCCGCUACCACUCGUAGCACCAACGGCGGCGAAAACACAACUGCAGAACAGCAACCUGAAGGGGUGUGGUAACUUUGUUACAGCAGCGUAUACCAGCACGACAAUGACGCUUGGAAAUGGACAAGCCGAUGAUAGCUGGGGGUCGGUUGGGUCUGCUGCUGGGAUGGCUCCGGCUUCUGCUGCCCUGGCAUCCAUGGCGUCUGGUUCAGUCUCUUCCGCCGACUUGGUUUUGAACGGUGGUGGCAUUUCAGGCGGGCCAGCAGGUUUGGCGGAUAUGCCUGGGAUGUCGUCACUCAGGCGGUGUCUUUUUGCGUGA